AUGCACUUCUACGCCGCCGCCCUCGUCACCCUCCUGGCCGCCACCCAGGUCGCCGCCAUGCCCCUAGCCGCCGACAGCGACGCCACCGCCGUCCGCAUCGCCAAGCGCACCGUCGCCGCCUCCACCGCCGCCGCCGCGCAGCCGCUCGUCGCCCGCGCCGAGGUGGCCGACGAGGCCGCAGACCCCGCCGACGAGGAGCCCGAGCAGGUCGCCCCGAGGCUAACCACCCGCCGCGCCAGGAAGCCGAAGAGCGUUGAGAGUGGCCAUCCCAGCUUCAUCGUCUAG